AUCAAAAUUUCGCACCAAAUUUUAAACAAGCGGAAACCUUCACACGGAAACGUAAACACAUGAAACAGGUCGAUAAUUUCCUAGUCUGUGGUUUUGAGUAUACUCAAAGACUAGACAAAAUGUUAUGAAACUCUGAAUAUAAUGGAAUUACAAAAUAAAGAAAAUGUCUACCAGUUUGAAAAGACUGUUAUGGACAUACAGAAAAUAACAAGGACUCCAUUGAGGACACCUCUUCAUGAUGUCAAGAACCAGGAUGUCAUCAACAGAAGUUUAAAGAAGACAGUUCUUAGUCAUGUGAUAGCUGCAGAGCCUUCACUGAGGACACCUACAAGAAAAUCUUCCAAAAUAAGGCGGUCAAUUCUUGUGUACCAAGACAAAGAGAACCAGCCUGAAGAAGAAAUAAAGAAAUUAGCUUUUAAGGAAGAGUCAAAAGUCAUCAACAAUGCUCAGCAUUUAAUUUGUCCGCCUGUUGUUAAUGUGGUACCAGCAACACCAAUAUGUAAUAAAACAGUAUCUUAUAGUCCUGACAAUGUCAGAGAUCUACAAUUUGACGAUUGUCAAGUCACUGAAGAUCUCAAAUCAGCAGAUAAUGAUCAGGAGACUUCAUGCAGAAGCAAGACAUCUAUUAACACAUCACAACCAGUGGAGACAGAUGAAUCUGAGGAACUACAGCCAACAAAGAUGGACAGUGAUUUAUAUGCAGAAAACUAUCAUCAGAUUAUUGUUGGCAGUGACAUUUUGAUUGGUCAUGAAGAAAUUUAUGGUGACGCCCACAUUGACAGUUCAGGUGUAUUAUCUGAAACUACCAAAGACUUAAGUAACAUUGAGUUAUCUCCCUUAGAAAGUUCUGUAACAGACCAGAAUGAUGGAAGUGUUAUAAUUGGGAAUGGAAGUGACCACACAUAUGCUGGGUUCUCAUGUCACACGUGUAGUGUCGAUGACAGAAAUGAUGUCAAUGAGUGUGGUACCUCCCCAAUGACGCCUGUAUCUAAAACCAGUACAGAAACUUCUACAGAAAUGCCAUCACUUCAGGAGACAGGAUGUUCACCUCUUGUUACAGAGACCAGAGACAUUGGCUCUUUGGUUGAGAUUAGCACACAUGACAUGGCAUGUUCACCCUGUCACACCUGUAAUGUGGAGCAGGAAACUAUGACGGAACCUGUCACACCUGUCAAACUGCCAGAGAUGUGUGACAUAUCAGUCCAGCAUUUGAUUGACACUGUAACAGCUGCAUGUUCUCCUAUACCUUGUGACAUGAAAUCUACAGCAUGUUCUCCCAUAACCAAUCAGUUUACAGCUCUGUAUAGUGAUGACAGUUGUUCUGUUUCAACUAUGACAAAUGCUACGCCUGUAAAACAUGACAUGGCAUUACAGGCAGUACCAGAUACAAGGUCUGUUUUAUGUUCACCUCUACAUCCACUACAAACCAAGGACUGUGGAAUAUCAGCCACAUCCACACUGGCUGAUGUGAUGACCAACACGGUCAUUGUGGAACAGAUGGAUCAAGGUGUGGAUGUCCGUCCAAUGAUGAACACAGGGUCAACAAUGACAGAAUACCUCCUAGUAAACAAUGAAACAUCAAUGACACCUGUUAAACUUCUCAAUAAGAAAGGACAUAGGAUUACAGCAGAUGAGAUUAGGAAGCAGCAUCCAAGAAUCUUGGCCAAUAAACUGGACACUUAUGCCCUGGAAGCUGAACGUUAUAAACUUGAUAUAGGGAAAGUAGAAAAAGAAAGAGACCAUUUUAAGUCUAAGAUAACAGAACUAAAGGCAGUGAUUAAGGAGAAACAGAAGAUGAUAAAUGAUAGCCAAGGGAAAGUGGAUCUGGAGAAAAAGAAUUUGAAGGAAGAUUAUGAAGAGAAAAUAGAAAAAUUAACCAAAAGCCUUCAGGAAAGUGAACAGAUAGUUAGAGAUCAGAAAGAAGAAAUUUUUCAGCUAAAUGCCAGUUCUUCAACAGAAAAAGAUCAAAUUGUUUCAGAGAUUGAAAGUCUGAAAAUAAAGUGUAGUGAAAUGGAAAUACAAUUAGCUGAUUCUACACAAACAAAAACCAUUGAGAUUGCCACUUUAAAAGAAGAACUAGAACAUAAACAGAAUGAUCAUCAGAUGAGAAGUGCACAUAAUCUGAUAUUAGAAUUACAGACUGAGUUAGUAGAGUAUAAAGAACUAACAGACAGUCUCAAGUUAGCAGAACAAUUACAGAGUGAGAUACAGAAAGUUGUGUCAGAUAAUUACAUGAAAGUCAGGUCAGCAGCUGACAGAUUAAUGAACAUGAAGAGAGGAGUAGAUAUACAGAGACUUGAAGUUGUGCAAAAACAAUGUGAAAAUGAGAAAGAAUGUGAGAGGUUUACUGCAGAGAAGAAAGAAAUGGCUGACAAUUAUAACAGUCUGAAGAGUACUCUGGAAACAUCUAGGUCUAGUAUGAUGCAGAUUGAAACAUUGUAUGAGAGUACAUCAGCUGAUCUGUUAAGUGCCUCAAACCAAGUACAGAUCUUGAGUAGAGAGUUGAUGACCACAAGAUCAGCAUUAGAAGAAGCCAACCAGGUAAAACAGUCACUAGUAGAACAGGUAGAUGACUUACAAGAGAACGACAAGGCUGCAGUCCAGGAAAUAUCAAAUCUCAGGCACAUCAAUGAAGCUCAAGAAAAUGAAUAUCAAGACUUCAAGAAAUGGUCAAAUGACAAUGAAAGGAAAUUAGCUGGAAAAAUAGUAAUGUUCCAAGAGGAAAAAGAGAGAUUAGAGUUACUAUCAGUAAACCUCCAGAGGACAGUGGACUCAUUAAAUGAAGACAUAGAUACUUUAGAGAAUGAUCUGUUUUCUACCAGAGAAUUUUCAUCAGAGCAAGCUUCCAGACUUGUCAAACUAGAUGAAGACUUAUCCCUGGCAAACCAAGAACUGAGUCAUACCAGACUAGAAAAUAUGGAAUUUAGAGAUCGUUUGGCUGUGUUCAGAGGAAAUCAGGACUAUUUGCAACAGGGUAUUGAUCUAGCAGAGAGUGAGCUCCAGAGAAAGUCCUCAGAACUUGAGACACGGAAGGCUGAGCUAAGGGAGAGCACUUUCUUAUUAGUGGACCUAGAAAACAAAAUGGCUAGUUUGUUACAAGGUUUGAGGAGCAGAGCAGGACUUGAUAGAUCACAUAUAAAUUCAAGUCCACUAACCAGCUGUAUGAAACCAAGAUUAAAACCAUCAGCUAAGAAGUCUGCAAGGAAGACACUAACAAACAAUAUUUCAGACUCUUGUCGUAAAACCCAGGAUCGAUCAUUCUUAUCUAUGGUCAUUAAAGCAGCAGAAGGCCAGAGUGACAGUGAAUACGAAUCCUGUAAAUCUAGUCCCAGUGACAAAUCAUCUAGGAGUAUAUCACCCUACAUAGAUGGCGUCACUCCGUUCGAUGAAAUGUCCACUAUUUGUGAAAAACUUAAAGACAGAGACUCCAUUGAGGAAAGUCCUGGUGCUCAGAGUAGGGAUAGAUUAGGUUUUUCUAAGAGAGAUAGUGCCUUUGCCCCAGUAAGAACUGGGACUAGUGUAAUUAAAUCCAAGCCUGGUCCAUUAGAUUCUACGAUGAAGAAUAUCAGUGUUAUGUCACAGUCACAGUUAGAGGAUACAAACCUUAGGUUGGCUGAACAGAUAGAAUGUAUUGGGGAAACAUUUAGUGAAAUUAUUAGAUGUGCUAGCAUCAUAGAAAAGGCUUCAAGGCUUUCUAUCGAUGAUUUACAAUUAGAAAAUAAAGAAUUAUGUGAACAAUUAGAUAUAUGCCAAACAUCAGAACAGAGAACAAAAGAAGAAUUGUCCUUGAAGAAAAGUCAUCUUACUGAAGCACAGGCAAACAUCUCCACACUGACAGACAAUAUUACAAGUCUCUCUGACAAGAUAGGAUUCUAUGUAAAGCAGGAGGCAGAAAUUAGUUAUUUGAAAUCCCACCUCUCCAAUGCCAAGUCACAGAUUGAACAGCUGGAGGCAGAAAAACAGAUCUUAUCUUCUCAGCUGAAGGCUGUACUGGCAGGUGUAACAGGAGAACCUACAGGCAACUUUGCUAAAUACCACAAUGAUAUAACUACUCUUAAACUGAAGAUUCAGAAAUUAAAAGAAAAGGUGAAACAAGGGGAAGAAUACCAUGAAACAUUAGCUAUAAAGGCUUCUAAGAGGAUAAAAACUUUAGAUGAAAAUUGGAAGAAAGCUGAAGAGGAAGUGUACAAGUUUGAUCAAUUAGUGGAUACAAUCAGGGAGACAUUAAUAAACUCAGGAUUGAUACCAAAGCACAAGGAACCAUUAGCACGUAUUAUAAGAAUGAUUGAUGGAUUUGAAAGUGUGCAACCCAAACCAUUGAAGCCAGUAAAGACAGCUCUAUGGUAGUGAAGUUAUCAAAAGACUUUGUAAAGCCAAAAACAAUAUAUACCUCAGAUCAU